GGCCGCGUGUGUGCGAGCUGGCCGCGCUGCACGCCCUGAUGCUCCAGGGCUGGCGGUGGACGCGGACGGGUCUGGAGCACACCAUGAUCGUGGUGGUGCUGGCGUGCGCCGCGCUGCCGCUGGCCGCCACCGUGCACCUCAUCCUCACGUACCAGCACGAGACGCGGCUCUGGAGCAAAGUCAUCGCGCUGCUGUUCCGCCUCGUCGCCAACGCCCUCGUCCUUCUGUGCUUUGCAGGUGACGAGCUGGAGAAGAACAGUCUGCUGCUGACGCAAAGUCUGUUCGAAGGCCCCUGGCUGGAGGAAACGCCGUCACAGCGCUACACGCGCUUGAACUUCAUUCAGGGCAGUGCGUCUGGACUGAGUAUGCCCGUCAAGGGGAUGGGCCACCUCAACAGGCCCUUCUACCUCGCCGUCAUGGAGAAGUGGUUUAGCUUCCUGCAGGUCCUUUUGAAGGUCCAGGGUGUCGAUGGCGCUGACUUGUAAGCGUCUUUAGAGUUACCAAAUAGAAUAGUUGAGAAAUAAAGUUAGUAGAUUUUUGUUAGUGUAUGCUAAUGA